GGCCAAUAUAUCUGCGUCAAUGCGAGACUGUGAUGGAACAGUUCAUUUUCGAAAGUCCAGAGAAAGUCAUCUAUGAUCCGAUGGCCGAUGCCCGCCUUCUAGUGCCUCCUCAACUCGAGAAAGCUGCCCUCCAAGUAUACCGCGCAAAGAGAAGACUGUGGCAGAGGAGAUCACAAAACGAGGCUGAUAAGGCCGAAGCUGAGAAGGUCCCGCAAGCGGAUUCUCCGACGCAAGGAUACCAUGGUAUAUUGAAAUAUAUCAUUGGAAAGAUGGAGCAUGGCAUGACUCGACUCAAGAGGAACGAGAAUGAGACCAGCGCUCCGUUUUCUUCUGUCCUGAGUAAGAAACAACCACCUAUCCAACGGGACAUGUACAGCCUUGGGCCUACCUGUGAAGAUAACAUCUGCGAGGGGAAUGAUUGGGAGAAGAUAUGCGUCUCGAGUCAUAUCCCAACAACUAGAAAGGACCAAUGUAUUAUGUGCUACCCACGAAAGCACAUGGCGCUUGUACAGGACUAUUGUCAACAGCAGAAGUAUAGAGAGCUCGACGUAUUUUACAAGUCAUGCGCACUUUUGGGCGCAUCGAUAAUUGGGGCUACACUUCUAUUCCUGCUGCGUGAAAUAUACAGACGGCUUCGAAUGCGCUAUCAAAUCCUUCAGAGCAUAUGCCGCCGCAGUCAACUACCGGGAAACACUACCACGAAACCCGGGCUUUCGUCUACGCGUGGUAUCGAUGCAAUGGCAUCUUUGAUUCCCGGGGUCCCCAAAGCGUGGCGGGAACCGCGACAGGCACCCAAUGGCACUGCUGACAAUGCCGAAACCCCUACAGUCACUGAUACAGUUAUACAGCAGAGAUUCAGGCGAUUCGGACCUUUUGCAAGAGAUGCUCGCAGGAGGGUCCAGGACAUCUUCGACCUGGAAUCAUUUGAGGGAUAUCGGAAUGAGCCAGAAUCGGGUACUAGGAUACCGGUACUCCCACGAGCUCAUAAUGCCAGCUUACGAAGACAUGCCACGGGCUCGCGAUCUCGCACAAAUUCUCAUUCCAAUAGAAAUGCGGGGUCGGGGGGUAAUGUGAUGGAGGACAACAGGACUUACUUAAGGCCUACACCUCAGCAGGGCUAUUUUGACUGAGGCUAGUGGACAACCGGUUUAUGUGACUUUUGCGAUUCAAAGUGUUAACAAACAAAUGUAUG